GAACUUAUGGCCCGUGGGGGCGGCACUGGUAAGGCUGACUGUCUGACACUUGCAAGGUUAACCCCGGGCUCGCCUACCAUAGCCCCCAGGAAUGUAGCUCACCAUCAGAUUUGUUUUUGGGUGCUGUAAUCAGCCUGGCAUGGCUGCGAGGCGGACGAGAGGAGCAAAAUGGGAUUGCCAUUGAGAACAUAAAUAGGCCUGGUUUCUCAUGAUACCCUCGAUUCAUUUUCACAUAACUAUAACAAUUCAAUCUUAUUACCAUUUCCUACUAAAUUUCGUCCAUAUUUCAUAUUCAAUCAGACUAUAUCAUUGUAGCCAUGCUGCAUCAUCCCUUCAGACUUCUCCUAUCGAUCUUUUUAGGGCUGGCGGCCUUGACCCAGUUGGUGCUCAGUGCACCGACGAAGGGUGUAACCGAAGAUACCAAAGUACUCGGUCUCAAAGCCGCGAACUUCGAAAGUAAAGCGCGUGUAUUAUUAUAUUCAUCGGACAAACAGACUGCCUGGGGCCGGUUCCCUGAAUACAGAAACAAGGCAGACACCCAGGAAAUUAUCAAUGCCGUGAAGGAAGUCGCUCUUGCGGGAUAUGGAUAUUUCUCCGGGACAUCAGGAUAUUUCAAAACCAAUCUCGUCGCUGCCAUGUAUGAUGAUCAAGACGGGAUUUUUUUCUCGACCAUUCCCCAUGGAAAGUACGUGGAGGAGCUAGAUGGGGAUAUCAAAAAGGCAAGAGAGUGGAGAGCAAAGAGGCAACAGCUCAGGCAAGAGUGCAAGCCAGAGGACAAGGUUUUUGAAGAGUCCAACAGCUUGAAGCCAAAUGCACCCGGCUGGGCCACAGCGGCGGGACAGAAGAAAUACAAACCUCAUGCUGAGGACGGCGUCUUAUAUUAUUAUGAGAAGGCAACGGGGACCAGGACCUCUGAAGUUGCCGAGCGGAAAGAAACGGAAUGCUGGUGGCUAAACAGCCCGAAGACCUACAUGUCUGUCUUUGGAUUGAUGCCAGGCGAACAUAUUGCCAAAUUCCACCUGGCUUGUGGAGAGGACAAUAACAACCUUUCUUGCGAGGCCAUGCUUCAGCACUUCCGUAUUCAGCAGGCACCAACGGCUCCACUCACUCGCCGAUCUAUGGGUGAAAUCGAAGCACGAGCAGCCGCAAAAUCAAAACAUGAGGACCAGGACCUCAAAUGCAAGCAGAAAAAAGACGAAUUGUGAACAGAGCAGGUAGUUCAGGAUGGAUUAUGGUUGUGUUGAUUAUUAUUAUUAUUAUUUAAUCAAGUUUAUUGUCCAUACCGAGCCCCAGAGCUAUGACAGACCCUUAUUCGUGG